AUGUCUCAUGAAAGUUUGCAUUCUUGGGAGAAGGAACUUCCCCCAGUUCCUUCAACGCAAGAUGCUACUCUAUUAAAACCUAAGUCUCUCAAUCGAAAAAAUGUCAAGAAUCUCACUUUUCUGUCAAUUCAACAAGAUUCAAGCGAACCUCUCAAAUUGUCAAAGUCCUCUCUAGGAGGGCGGCGAGCUCCACCAAUGUUGGACCUCAAUCAAAGGGGUUUUAGCUCAUCUUCUCUUGGACAAGAUGAUCCUGUGCUCGCGUUCCAAGAACUUAAGCUUUCGCCUGCAACUGUCAAUGAAAGCAUUCGUCCUCAAAUAGGACAAAAGCGUCAGACAAUUGUAAGUUCAUACUCCCCUACGAGAUCAGUUAGCAGCCAAGAGGGAACCAUUGCCUCUUCUUUGCCAACUACUCCUUUAGCAUCUACCACUUCGUCUAAUAGCUUGAAAGAUAAAGAUUUGGUACACCUCAAAGAGCUCGGAGCAGGAAAUUAUGGAUCAGUUCUGAAGGUAUUUCACGUUCCACUGCAAAAAACCAUGGCCCGUAAGAUCGUAAGCAUAGACUCCAAGCUGACGACCCAAACGCAGAUUAUAAGAGAACUCAGAAUUAUGCAUGAAUGUCGUUCUCCACAUAUCGUGGAGUUUUAUGGGGCGUAUCUUCGCUCAAACAAUACCGUGGUGCUUUGUAUGGAGUACUGCAAUUGUGGUUCUGUCGAUAAACUAGCAAAUAUGCUUUCUGAUAAAGCCUUUCCCUUAUCAGUCCUCAAAGUUCUACUGUUUUCCAUUUUAAGUGGACUUUAUUAUCUAUACGAUACUCACAAAAUUAUCCACAGAGACAUUAAGCCUUCGAAUGUUCUCAUGACCCAUAGGGGCGAGUUCAAAUUAUGCGAUUUUGGCGUUUCCCGUGAGCUUACAAAUUCUGUUGCUUUAGCUGACACUUUUGUCGGCACCUCUACCUACAUGUCCCCAGAGAGGAUCCAAGGAAAUAUGUACAGCAUCAAAUCAGAUGUGUGGUCAACUGGGCUCAUGCUCUACGAAUUAGCAUCUGGCCUAAGCCCCUGGUCAGACCCUGAAGCCGGGCACUUGACUGGUAUUAGAUCAUCUAAGGUUAUUGGACCAGAAGGUAUUUUAGAUCUUCUACAAAGAAUUGUGAACGAGCAAUCCCCAUCUCUUCUUAAUAAAGAAGAUCAAUUUACUAAAAAGAUAUUUGAUUCUGAUAUGUGCCGAUUCAUAGACAAAUGCUUGGUGAAAGACGAGGAGCAUAGACUGUCUCCACAAGAUCUCUUGCAAGAUCCUUUCUUAGAAUCUGUGGCCAUCGGAACCUUUGACAAAGAAGUCAAAUGCUGGGCCAAGCUGAUAAGAAAACAGCUGAAGGAAGACAAUUGA